AUGCCAUCCCUAAACUCGCCUAAAACAAGUCGACUUCAGUUUUCGGAUAACAAAUCUUAUUUUAUCAACGGCCACAUCCGCUGCUCUUCUGUUGACACGACGUUGAGAGCCUGGCACGACGAGAACGUUCCGAAAAAGGCUCGUCCAGUGAAAAGUCCAAACGAGCUGUCGCGUUCAAAGACCGAAGGGGAACGUGGUCAACAGCCAGGAAUAAAAACGAAGCCAAAAAAUGCUAAAAGUGCGGCCUCACCGUUCCACACCGUGCUGUUUCUAAAAAAGAGCCCCAAGGUUUGA